AUGUCGAUGGGCUUUCUGGACAUUCUCUCGCUCGACGGCAAGUGCUUUGUCAAACUGAGUCCGUUCAUGAAGCUCAUCUCGCAGUUUACAGUUCCCUUUGUUAUGCUUGGCAUACUCUCGGUCAUCACCGCGUGCUACAUGGUGGUCCUCAUCUCGCGGCGCAAGCGGCUCAAGGCCAUUUCCGGUGGCGAGCACGUGCCGUGGGUCAAGACCGCGCCGUUCAUCGAUGCCUACAUCAACUUGUUUGGCAUUUGUACUGUUCCGCUCCUGCACACCUCUUUCCAGCUCCUGAUCUGCCGCAAGGUCGGCGCGGUCUUUGUCCUCAAGCUUGCCCCCGACGUCGAGUGCUACACUGGGCCGCACUCCAAGUGGGUGGCGUUUGCCACAGGCAUCACCGCGUUUUACAUUCUCGUCUUUCCGCUUGUCGUCUACUUUCGGCGGCGGCGGGCGACGCAGCGCAUCCUCUCACAACGGUUCUGGCAGCGCAACGUCUCGCAGCUCCGGGCCAAAAUCUUCAAGCUCCACAUGUUCUGGUGGGAGCUUGCUUUUCUCGCCCGCGACGUCAUGCUCGUCCUCAUGUACGUGCUCUGGCUAGCUCAUCCGCGCCAGCGCACGCUCUCGAUCCUCAUGAUCCUCUUCAUGUCCUUUAUUGCCCACUGCUACGCCCUCCCGUUUGUCGAUCGCUGGGACAACGCCAUCGAGACCACCUCACUGCUCACCCUCUGCUACACCGCCUUUGUCUGGCACUACCCCAACCGGUUCCAGCUCUCCAACGAGCGGACCGACGCUCUCGUCAAGAACAUCUUCCUCUACACCGGCUUUGCCUCAACGGCCACCUACAUUGCCUCGCGCGUCUCGUACGAGCUCAUCGGCCGCUUCUUUCUCCCCAUGUACGCUGUCGAUCCCUCUGACUACGACGUCCACCACACGCCGCACACAUAG